AUGGCUGCCGACUUGUCCCUACCCUCGUCCAAGGACGUGCUCCGCGAGCGCUACGUGGGCAAGUCGAUCGUCAAUGUCGACACGCCGGCGGCCGUCAUCAACCUGGCGGCGGCGAAGCGCAACUGCGAGCGCAUGCUGCAGACCUGCGAUGCCUUGAGCCUGGGCUGGAGGGCCCACGUCAAGACGCACAAGACAGUCGAGCUCGCGCGGCUCCAAGUCGGAGACGAUGCCGGCAGGCCUGUGCAGCUCAUCGUCUCCACCGUCGCCGAGGCCGAGUUCCUCACGCCGAUGCUCAGCGAGUACCAGCGCCAGGGCAGGCGCGUCAACGUAGGACCCCCUCGGCGAGCAGUCGUCCCCCCACCCGGCACGAUGUCUGCUGACGCCGUCAAGGUCCUCUACGGCCUGCCGCUCCCAAAGGGUGCCGUCUCGCGGCUCGCGGCCGUGGCCAGGACGCUCGGCGAGGGCAGCGUGUCCAUCCUGCUCGACGACCCGGCCCAGCUGGCGAUGGCGGCCGACAUGUCGGCCAUCUCGGACGUCGCGCCGCACGCGUACAUCAAGGUGGACAUGGGUGGCCGGCGGGCCGGAGUCGUCGUCGACGGGAAGCAGUUUCCCGUCCUCGUCGACGCCGCCCUCGACGCGCACGGCCGGGGUAGCAUCCAGCUCGCCGGCCUCUACUCGCACGCCGGCCACUCGUACGCCGGAGACGGUCGCGUGGCCGCGCUCCGGAUGAUGUCGGCGGAGCUGACGUCGCUCCUCGACGGGGCCGAUCGAGUGCGCGCGAGAGCGUCGGCCAAGGGCAUCGUCGACCUGCCCUCGCUGACGCUGUCGGCCGGAGCAUCGCCGACGACGCUGUCCCUCCAGAACGUCGCCGACGACGAGGACGAGAAGGGGGCCCCGAGCGGCACGCCGUCGGUCCGGGCCGAGGCCGGCGCCAUCUCGACGCUGCUCGAGACCAUCAAGGGCAGGGGGCACGCCGUCGAGGUGCACGCCGGCGUGUACCCGCUGCUCGACCUGCAGCAGCUCGCGGCCCACAGCAUCCGGUCGACGCACCUUUCGUGGAGCGAUAUGGCCUUUACCAUCCUCGCCGAGGUGCACAGCAUCUAUGCCGGGCGGGGCGCCGACGGCACGGACGAGGCUCUCGUCGGCGCCGGCUGCCUCGCCCUCGGCCGGGAGCCCUGCAAGGCCUACGCGGGCAUGGCCAUUCCGACGGCGUGGAACAGGGCGGGCGUCGAGAAGCCGACGUUCGACGUCGAGCGGUACGAAGGGUACGUCGUCGGCCGCGUGUCGCAGGAGCAUGGAAUCCUGCAGUGGCGCGACGGCCGGGGGACCGCUUCGCCGACGACGGAAGCGACGGCAGCCGACCGGAAGCUCGACGUCGAGGUCGGCCAGAAGAUUCGCCUCUGGCCGAACCACGCGUGCAUCGCCGGCAGCCAGUUCGGCUGGUACCUUGUCGUGGACGAGGACGGCAAGGGGGACGGCAUUGUCGACGUUUGGAUCCGCGCUCGCGGCUGGUGA